AUGCAGACCGGCAGCGCAACCCAAUACUUUCGAGAAGCCGUGACACGGCCAUCUCAGUAUGACUCACACCGAGCUGGACCAAGCGAGGGCAUUCUGAAGACCAUUAUGGGCCUCCGUGGUCUAAGCAUUAGCGAUGAGUCCGUAUUCGACUUCGAGGCGCCUGAUGGAUGCAAAGAUUGGCCCGGUACUCGAUAUGGGCCCGACUCGCCGCACCUCCAGUUUGCAAAAGCUGCCAAAGCUAUAAGAAGCAAGCGCCAGCCGCCGACUCCUAAUGCAGUAAGGCCAUCAAAAGCUCGCAAGCCGAAGACAGAGCCGCCGUCAAAACCCACACCCGAGCCCUCAAGACAUCACCUGCCCGUACCGAAGCGCGAGGCGGCACUGCAUUUGCUUACCUUGCCUGGCGAGCUACGUGACGCCAUUUACGACCUUCUUGCUAUUCACGAUGGCCCGUUGUACGCACAGAUACGCGGGGUUUGGAAGCCGUCCGCAAAUGGCAAGCGGCGCCACGCUCUAGCUUACCGACGCUUCCCACAAGAACCCUCCGCCUCCCUGGCCAACCGUCAGCUUCGUAAGGAAGUCCUGUCCGUCUUCUACGGCGCCAAUCGAUUCAUCUACCAGCACAGCACGGUGGCAGGAAUGCGCAGCAUGAUCUCUCCCGCAGCGCAGACAAUCUGGAAGUUUCACUGCACCGCUACCAACCACUUGCGGCACAUUCAGCUCCGCUUCGAUUGCAGAGGGAGCCGGUGGCAAAUUACUUACACCCUCCGGAAGCUCGCAGACGGCGUAAUCACUAUCGAGAACAGCUUGACGGAUAGCGAUUACUGCACCUGCCUUGAGGACGAUGCCACUGAAAUUACACUCGAGUGUGCCAAGGACACGACAGAUCUGGCGGUGUUAUUGUCGUCACUCUGCGCUAGGCGGCGGGCAAGACUUGACGCAUUCGCAAAAGUCGAAGGCGAUUCCACCAUGUAUAGAAUGCCAACUGCAUUCUGCAUGACUUGCAGCAAGCCGCAUGUUCCGCUUGUGAGUGGAUGA